GGGGCGGAGCGGAGCCCGGCGCGGUUUGGGCGCUGCACCGCGGCGAGAUGGCGGACAGGGAGGAGGCGCUGCGGGAGUUCGUGGCCGUGACCGGCGUCGAGGAGGAGCGGGCGCGCUUCUUCCUGGAGUCCGCCGGCUGGGACCUCCAGAUUGCACUUGCCAGUUUCUACGAGGACGGGGGUGAUGAGGACAUUCUGACUCUUCCCCAGCCAACACCCAGCUCCAUAUCCAGAGGCACUGCAGCCAGUGACCACAGAGUAACGUCCUUCAGAGACCUUGUUCAUGCACAGGAGGAGGAUGAUGAAGAGGAGGAGGGACAGAGGUUUUAUGCUGGUGGCUCAGAGAGAAGUGGGCAGCAGAUUGUUGGUCCUCCAAGGAAGAAGAGUCCCAAUGAGUUGGUGGAGGAUCUGUUCAAGGGGGCCAAGGAGCACGGGGCAGUGGCGGUGGAUCGGACGGCCAAGAGCGGCGGUGAGAGCAGCAAGCCCAAGCCCUUUGCAGGAGGUGGCUAUCGCCUUGGGGCCACUCCAGAGGAGGAGUCUGCAUACGUGGCAGGGGAGAGGAGGCAGAACUCUGCCCAGGAUGUUCAUGUUGUCCUGAAGCUCUGGAAGAGUGGAUUCAGCCUGGACAGUGGAGAACUGAGGAGCUACCAAGAUCCUUCCAAUGCCCAGUUCCUUGAUGACAUCCGCAGGGGGGAGGUGCCCGCGGAGCUGCGCCGGCUGGCGCGGGGAGGGCAGGUGAACCUGGACAUGGAGGAUCACCGCGACGAGGACUACGUCAAGCCAAAAAGUGUCUUCAGAGCCUUCACUGGGGAAGGCCAGAAGCUGGGCAGCACUGCCCCCCAGGUGAUGGGCACCAGCUCUCCAGCCCAGCAGGCAGAGAAUGAGGCCAAAGCCAGCUCUGCCAUUGCCAUCGACGAGUCAGAGCCUGUCACCAACAUCCAGAUCCGGCUGGCGGACGGCGGGAGGCUGGUCCAGAAGUUCAACCACCACCACAGGAUCCGUGACGUUCGCCUCUUCAUAGUGGAUGCCAGGCCAGCCAUGGCUGCCACCAGCUUUGUCCUCAUGACCACCUUCCCAAACAAAGAGCUGACUGAUGAGAGCCAGACCCUGAAGGAUGCCAACCUGCUCAACGCUGUCAUCGUUCAACGACUGACAUAAGGAACCCUCCUGGUGCCACACAGCUGCCCAGGGGCAGCUCAGGCUCCCAUCUCCUCCUAGCUCUGGGUUCUUAGAUCUUGGUUGGACUGGUUUUGGUUUGUUUCUCUUUAGUUCCAUUUCCCAUCAGGGUUUUGGGGUUGCUUUUUUUUCUUCCUGGUCUUUUUUUUUUGUGAUGAUGAUGAUGAUGAUGAUGAUCAGUGGACUUCAAAAUAAAUAAAGGAAAGGAAUCCAUUUUGGAA